AUGUCGCAUAUUGAACGCGAACACCCCGAGUUCGUUCACUACGACGCCUUGAACCCAGCUACGCAACAAAGUGUAUUCGCGUUGCUCACCCCCAAGCCAGUGCAAGCAGUCUAUGGCUGGCUGACAUGGAUUACGGCGUCUCUAAUGCCGUUUUCAUUCUGUGAGAACGACAUGGCCCGGCGAUUUACCACUAUGGGGACCAUCAGCGUGAAGACGCUCAUGAAAUGUAUGCACGCCAUGUGUCGCUGGAUGGAAAGCAAGAUAUCCGAGACGCUGCCUGAGUCGUUUGCAAUCAUCUAUGAUGGAUGGACCAGCGGCUCGACGCACUACGUCGCUAUGUUCGCUACCUUUCCCAACGAUUCCCAUCGAGGGUACGAGAAGGUCCUCUUGGCAAUGUCGCCAAUGAACGAAGAGGACUCGCUGAGCGCAGCGGCUCAUGUUCAGACCGGCGAGAAUGUGGUGGCGUUGAUCGGCGACAACUGCUCGAUAAACCGUGCCUUUUCUCGCCUUGCCGGUGUCCCUAUGAUUGGCUGCGUGUCCCACCGCUUCAACUUGUUCGUUGGCGAUGUACUGGCGGAACACGAAGAGUUGCUCGUGGCCGUCAACGCAAUCAUGAAGAAACUGACCAACUUCAUCCCUUCGGCCAAGCUCCGGCGACUUACCGACCUCCGACCCAAGCAGCGCAACCAGACACGUUGGAAUUCCUCUGUGGCCAUGUUGGAUCGAUAUGUCAAGCUCACGCCCUUUCUUCCCCUGAUGGGGGUAGAAGAGAUCGACAAUCUGCUCCUCAGUGUCCGUCAAGAUCGUGACAUCGAUCUCCUUCUGGCCAAGUUGAUCGACCUCAACUCAGUGACAUUCAAGCUUCAAGAUGAAGCCAUCACGCUGGCUGACGUCCGUGGCCUGUUUGACGAGGUUCUAUGCGAAUUCCCAAACGCGAACGAGCGCCUCCGCCCCGGUGCAAGUAUCAUCCAACACUUCGAGACUGGGGUUGUGAAGGUGCUUAUGCACAUGUCGCCGUCGCUCACCGACCAAGAACGACUGUCCAUCGCCAGGCUCGCUGUGACUGCUGGUAUGCGAGACGACGAUCGAAUGUCGGAUGCUGAUUGCAUGUCGAUGGCGUCUCGUGCAAAGAAGCGGCGCAAGAUGCAGCAGUCUUGCAGCGGGUUCAUGGACUGCCGGUUCCUCCGACCGACCUCGACAUGUGCGAGCGCCUGUUUUCAGUGA